AUGGCAUUCGUGUUCAACUGGCCGCGGUUCAGCGAUCAAUUUCACGCUUCGGCGCGGGAGAUGCUCGAAUCCGCGCUCAAUAAGGGCUCAAAACCGCCUAUCAUCGCCGACCGCAUCGAGGUCGUCGAACUCGAGAUGGGCACGCAGCCACCUGAACUGGAGGUCCGGGAUAUUGGCGAGCUUACGAUGGAUCAGUUUCGUGGGAUUUUCAGGCUGAGCUAUGGGGGUGACGCAUAUAUUGUGCUUAGGACGAAAGUGCAGGCAAAUCCGCUCAUACACAAGAAACGGGAGACACACGUUAUUGAUGGUAGCGGUGGGAUGGUUGCCGCGCAAGCGCCACUCGUGGUGCCUAUGAACCUGCGGCUAUCCAACUUCAAACUCAACUCCUAUGUCGUCCUCGUCGUCUCCAAGCAAAAGGGCAUCACUCUUGUGUUCAAGACCGAUCCCCUGCAGAACGUCGAUGUCAACAGCACGUUCGAUCGAAUUGGGGUGAUACAAAAGUACAUCCAGAAGGAGAUCGAGGGCCAGUUACGGGAGAUGUUCCGCGAGGACCUGCCGAGCAUCAUACACAAGCUUUCCCAGCAGUGGCUCUCCAAAGACCUGAGCGGUAAAGCCCGUGUGGAAGUUCCGUAUGCACGCAAGUUCGCCCACCCUCCUACAGAGGACCCG